CUAAGGGCAGACAGAAUCUGCUUGGGCUGGUAGAUAUUUGUUGACCAUUUUGCAAAGCAUAAAGGUAUUUAUUAAAGUUAUUUGUAUUAUGGUUGUGACGAGGCACUCCGGUCAUGGACUAGGACUCUGUGCUCGGUGCAUUAUAAACACCGAACAAAGAGACACGCCCUGCCCCAAGGAGUGUACGCUCUGUUCAGUUCUCAGCUGUCCGUCAGCAUGGAGGAUGAGCCCUUAAGUGACUUGUUUCCUGGACAGUCGCUGUCGAGCUCCCAAUUUUAUCAUAAUACUGAUUUUGUUAGCAAUUAUACUUAAGAUUGUGGAAAACAGGGUAACUAAAUUGAUCCCCCAUCAUGUUACAUUUCUUCCACUGCAAUUCUGCUUGUGUCCCUUGUCUGGGUCGUCAUCCUCCCCAGCCAGCUAGCAGCUGGAAGGGUGUAAAUGCCGCUUAGCAGAACAAAAGUCUUUCCUCCUCUUACCCCAGCAGUGGCCAGCACCAGCGAGUGCAUUUGAUUGUAACUUUUUUUAGACACUAUAACAUUUUGAAGUAUGUUUCCCCCUAGUGGUCAAAUGACCUGGGCACCAGAGUGGAAUGAAGUUUGACCCUUUGGCACCCAGUAGCUCAGCAGGAAGAAUCCACUGAGAAGGUGAGGUGAGCAUGUGGGCAGGAGCAUGCAGUGUGGCUGGAGAGGAGACAGCCAUUUCACACUGGAUGCAGGAUGCAGAGUGCAGAAACUGGCCAGCCUGCAUAGGAGGGGCUGCGGGCCUGCCUUAAAACCUACCCUUCAACCUCCCAGUGUUUAAGUUAAAUAUUGAAGGAAAGCUGGUACAUUAUGGCAAAUCCAUUUUUAAAGUAUUAGCUCUCUUUUCCCACAGGCUGCAGGGGCCAGGUUGCAUGCAGAAAUGCUAGCUAUAGAAAUACAGGGGAAGAGCAAUACAGUAAUUAUGGCCCAGCACAAGGGACACAAUAGCAGCUGGAUCAUUUUCUACAGGCCAUCAGAGUCAGCUUUAGGAAGUUUAAUACACAGAGGCCUGGGGCUGCUCAGGCUGAGAAAAGACAAAUGGUUUUACACCUAAUUAGGAGACUUGGUUGAAAAUAGAGCAGAUGGUAUUGAACUGAUAAGAUAUAAAUAGCACUAAUUCUUAGCACUAAUAGGGCUUUUAAUUCAUAACUCAUUCUCACAGCCCCCAAGCCCAUUUAACAGAAAGGGAAGGUGAGGCAGGGUAAGUAAGUGGCUUGUUCAAAGUCACAGGAGGAAACAGGCAUCUUGAGAGAGAGAGUGAUCUUAUGUGGUCAGGAUCAGUCCAGUCCUCAACUACUAGUCAUUUUCUCCAAUGUAUUCGCCUAAUAAGUGUAUUAUUUAAUUCAAGAGGGGUAUUUAGUCACUAGAAAUGUGUGCAUUAGAAAUUGAAACCAGGGUAUUUGUGAAUUGCUUGAGGCACUGGACUGAAACAGCUUGGAGUUUUGCACUGAAGGGCAAGCAUCUUCCUUGCCUAUGUAUAGUAUGUAGGACAACUUGGGAUGUGCAUGUUUGUUUAUAUAUAGAGUAGCACUGCCAUGAGACAUGCCUUGAGACUCUUGUUUGGAUGUGAAUAAACAUAAGCACUACCUCUGGGCUGUGCUAUGGGGUAUUAUUAAGGGGAAUUUUCUUUGCAGGGGUUAGGGAACGGAUGGGAUAUUGCUAUGGAAAGGGUUUAAUGCAAUUGCAGUACCUUUUUCCAUCCAACAAUACCUUCAGUUCCUGGGAUGUUCAUUGAAAGGCAGGGUUUGCUGGUACUCUGCAACAGAGGGCAAUGUUAAAAUGUGCGGGACUGAAAUGGCAAAGUGGGACUCUGACUAAUGAAUGGAGGAAUGUUUCAGUGCCAAGCUGCUGACGGACCAUGGACACGUUCCAGGAUGUGUUCCAGAAGGUGGAGAAGAUUGGGGAAGGCACCUACGGAGUGGUGUACAAGGCGAGGAACAAGCGGACAGGCCAGCUGGUGGCUCUGAAGAAGAUCCGUCUGGAUUCGGAGACAGAAGGGGUUCCGAGUACAGCAAUCCGAGAAAUCUCUCUGCUUAAAGAACUUAAGCACCCAAACAUAGUGAGGCUUCUAGAUGUUGUGCACAGUCAGAAGAAGCUGUAUCUGGUGUUUGAGUAUCUGAAUCAGGACUUGAAAAAGUACAUGGACUCGUCCCGGACAGGGGAGCUCCCUUUAAGUUUGGUAAAGAGCUAUCUGUUCCAGCUGCUGCAGGGUGUGAACUUCUGUCACUCGCACAGAGUCAUUCAUAGAGACUUAAAGCCUCAGAAUUUGCUUAUCAAUGAAGUGGGAGCCAUCAAACUGGCAGAUUUUGGUCUGGCUAGAGCCUUCGGGGUGCCACUGCGCACUUACACUCACGAGGUGGUAACCUUAUGGUACCGGGCCCCCGAAAUCUUGCUGGGAUGUAAAUACUACUCGACUGCAGUGGAUGUCUGGAGCAUUGGCUGUAUCUUUGCAGAAAUGGUGACGAGAAAAGCCCUGUUUCCGGGGGAUUCUGAAAUUGACCAGCUUUUCCGGAUUUUCCGCACCCUGGGCACGCCCACUGAGGCAGCAUGGCCAGGGGUGACCCAGCUUCCUGACUAUAAAGGAAACUUUCCCAGGUGGGCGAGAAAAGAGAUGAAGGAGAUCGUUCCAAACUUGGAUCGGGAUGGGCGAGACUUACUGGCGCAGUUGUUACUGUAUGACCCCGACAGGCGCAUUUCUGCCAAGGCAGCCCUCAACCACCAGUACUUCUUCUAGCAAAGCCCCCGUGACCCCAAAGACCAGCACAUGCUGCAGAAACACUGCGGAUGAAAGGACGCAGCGCCUCUGGCUGCCUGUAUUCCUGGUGCUGAGCUCUGUGCAUCAGUGCAUUUACCGUCUCUGGUGGCUGAGCAGGGAGGCUGGCUGAGGUUGAAACACCUUCAUAUUACAAAGGAACCUGGAGGGAAGUGUUAGUUCUUAUUUAGACAGAGGUGGUUGGAUGCUCUCAGCCCAUUGCUGGGGGUAUCUGUUAGGGCCCUUAGAGAUUUCUUGAGGUAGUUGUUACAUGUGAUAGGGACAGGCCUGAUGGCACCAUCUAUCAGCCUAUAAUACUGACUGGGGGACACUAAAUUCUCACAUGGGAGAGCAACUUUCCAAUCCUUGUCCCCUUGCCUGGGAGUGUAGCGAAAGUGAGGGUUGGAGCAGUGUAGCUUGUCUGUCCUUUCAGCACCCAGUCCUGGCUGUGGUUCAGAUAGCCCAUUGCAAAGAGAUUUGUCAGCUUCCCUCCCAGCAUCAGGCAGUGCUUGACCUAAAGCAGCGGGGAGAGGCGGCUGCCUACAGGCGGGAGUGUUGCUGUUUAGUGCUAUUAAAAAGAAGAGGGGCUGUUAGUAUUAGAUAAGACUGUCUUCAACUGUUUAAGAAUUUUAGAGUUUUAAUUCCUGGUUAAACAGCAAGUGAAAAUAUCUUAAGAAUGAUCUUCAUCGUGCAAGAAAGAGAAGCCGAAGGCUCCCGCUAUGGCAACGUGUGAAGUCACAGUUCUGGAGAACACACCUUUUUGUUGUCCAAAUGGAAAAAGUUCAGUCACUUGGGUUGGCUUUGACAAUAUUUUACUGUUUAUCUUUUGAGUGAUUUAGCACCAGGUUUUGAUGCAGUUGUGGGAACUCUCUCCUCCAGUAAAGAAAAUACAUAGAA